UAUAUGUUGUGUGCUGUCGUGAACUUAAAUGGCGAUGACUGCUCUUGUUGGUGGAGUAGUGACAGACCAAUUGAUUCAUCGUCCUCACCCGCCCCUCGGGCAAACUAUCCCCACUUCACAGCUACCCGCUCAACUGCCUUUACCCAACGGAAGUAUUCCAGCACAUAUACAUGCAGGAGUCGGGCCCGGGUCCGGAUUAUCCUUCAAGAAUCAUGACACGGUGAAACUUUUUGUGGGACAAAUACCACGCACGCUAGAGGAGAAAGAGUUGCGCCCUAUUUUUGAGGAGUUUGGACAAAUCUAUGAAUUGACAGUGCUUAAGGACCGGUUUACUGGUAUGCAUAAAGGAUGUGCCUUUUUGACUUACUGUCACAAAGAGAGCGCCCUCAAAGCCCAGCAGGCUUUACACGAACAGAAAACCUUACCAGGGAUGAAUCGCCCAAUCCAGGUCAAACCUGCUGACAGUGAAAACAGAGCGGAAGACAGAAAACUUUUUGUGGGCAUGCUCAACAAGCAACAAUCAGAAGAUGACGUCAGACAAUUGUUCCAGCCAUUCGGAAAUAUAGAGGAAUGUACAAUACUACGGGACCAAAAUGGAAACAGCAAAGGUUGUGCUUUUGUUAAAUACUCCGGUCACAACGAGGCCCAGUCGGCCAUCAACGCUUUACAUGGAAGUCAAACAAUGCCGGGCGCGUCUUCUAGUCUUGUUGUGAAGUUUGCGGACACGGAGAAAGAACGACAACUCCGUAGAAUGCAGCAGAUGGCUGGUCCACUGGGGCUGCUUAAUCCCUUUGCCAUUUCUCAAAUCGGUGCAUAUGGAGCUUAUGCCCAGCAACAAGCCGCUUUGAUGGCUGCUGCUGCGACCCAGGGAACUUACCUGACAAGUCCUGUCACUACAUUGGCUCACAUUCCACAGGUCGGCGCCUUAGCCACGCCCAACGGCAUCACAACAGGCGCACUAACACCUACCACAGCCACAUUAGCCAACGGUACCACAGGUAUAAACGGAGCGCCCCCUAGCGUGUUGUCCCCGACUGCUUUGGCAGGCUUUCAGAUUCCACAGCAUAAUGGCCAGACACCGGAAAUCUAUGCCGCUAAUGGUAUCCCUCACUAUCCUGGGGAAUGCCAAGUUGUGGAACUAGCACAAGCUGUCACAAACGGAGAUCCAUUACAAGCAUACGCAAGCAUGCAACCAUAUGCUGGGAUAGCCUACCCAGCAUACGGGGUACAGCAAGCGUUGUCUCAGCAUACUACGAUCUUACCAGCUCAGAAAGAAGUUGUAUUUACAGGCCCAGAGGGCUGCAAUCUCUUCAUCUAUCAUCUACCACAAGAGUUCGGAGACGCCGAGCUUGCGCAGAUGUUCAUGCCGUUCGGAACAGUUAUUAGUGCUAAGGUGUACGUGGAUAGGGCAACCAAUCAGAGCAAGUGCUUUGGAUUUGUCAGUUUUGACAACCCUACAAGCGCCCAGGCGGCUAUCCAAGCUAUGAAUGGCUUCCAGAUUGGGAUGAAGCGUCUCAAAGUUCAGCUAAAGCGCCCGAAAGACCAGAAUCGGCCAUACUAAAGCCACCAGUGCUCCACUCAUAUAGAAGCUAGGAACACAGAGUUUGAAAUACCAACAGAGACCAAGGGACGUAACUCUGACGAAACAGGGUAUCAAAGGGAGACCACCCUUACAUACAUGUCUGUAAAUAAAUUUCACAACAAAAUUUUUAUUUUCUUAAAGAGAACGUUUUCCCACCGAUUUUGUAAAUAAAUAGAUGUUGUUUGGAAGGACUUAAAAACUGGCGAGAGGUUAUUCACACGGUAUACAGAGGACUUCAAACGAUAUUUCCCCACCUUGCUUACUUAUGAUAUUUUAUUAUAAAUAUUAGUUUAGUUACAUUGAAAUGUUUAUGAUAUAUAUUACAUGUUAUAUAUUUAUUAUAUUUAAAACAAUGUAUUAUAUUUGCCCCCAUAUAAAACAGCCAGCAAGUUUUGGUGGAUUUUAUUUCGCUGGUAAACAUUCCAUUUUUUAAGAACAAAUGACUCCACGAGAUGCCAUUGAUGUAAUUUCGACAGCAUUUAAAUGACAUUUUAUGUGUUAAAGGUGUAAUUUUUACAACAGAAUAUUUUCAAAUCAAAUUUUUGUAUAUUAUCAUAUAUUAUAUACGUAUCACUUCAUAUUUACUGGAGGCGGCCGCUCAUUGGAUGUUGUGUUUGGUUGCCAUGGACACCCUAGUUGUUGUCGGGUUAUUAUUGUAUUCACGGUAGUGAUGUGAUAGAAUAAACAGUUAAUUCUUAAAUUUUUGUGUAAUCCUAGUGACAAAUUAAAUGUUGUUUUUAUUUUUAAGAUCAGUGUGAAUUGUAUUUAAGUAAGUACCAUUUUUUUCUUUUUAGUGAAUUCUUGGUUGUUUUAUAUGGAGGAGAUAUGGGCAUUGUUUACUUGUAUAUAACUUUGAACAAAAUGCAUUCCUGGUCAUUAUUUACAUCCAAUAUCCUGUCAUUGUAUCAUGUUGUGCCCUGGUCAGCCUCGUUUUCACACCGGGCAGGGAUCAAAGUUCACAUUGUUGUUCAUCGUCUAAUGAAAUACCUUGUUACUUAAUCUAAGACUGGAUCGGCUUGGAUGUUAUUUUUAGAUUUGUUGACUGGCACCUGUUUUUAUCAAUGAACAGAUAGUUUGUUACUUAUUACUGAUACAAAAGUCGUAUUUAUUUAUUUAUUUAUAUUUAUUUGUUUAAAUAUCAUCAGACAUUUUGUAAAUAGCUAGUUUAGAUUCAUCAGGAAUCUCACUAAAUUCCCUCGAUAUAAUUUAUCUAUAUAUAUGUGUUCCCUUUGCGUAACAUGACAUAUACAUUUUUUUUUUGUUUUUUGUUGAUUAUUUAUGGCUGUACAGUAUCGAAGAACAGCCUGUAGAUAGAUUUUAACAGGCAGAUUACAGCAAUUGGUUGUAUAUUUAGUUGGGUUGUAUAUUGUCUCAAACGAUCACAGAUGGUGAAUUUUGAUGUUUUUUUAAUGAUAUGAAAAAUCCAAGAAAGUGCAAUAUCUUGAUGUAUUAUAGAUGAAAUCUCUAGUCAGUCAUUGUUUUUCACCUGAGACUAGUGUUUGGUUUAUUUUUGUUUGGUCUUGUCUGUAUAAGACAUGUGAUGGAGUACUUAAUGUUAGUCGUUUUCUCAUCAAAUCUCGGGUGAUCAAUGCAGUUUUGAAAAUUUUUAUUAUUGGUGCAAUCGUGUUAAUAUGGGGGAAAUAGCAUUUUACUCGUGAAACUAAUGCAUAAUUGUGACACUUUUGUCUCUUUUAUUUUGCAAAUAUAAUUGGAGGACCUAUAAAUCUCAGUGAAAGUGACGGUAGAGACAUCCCUCGUGUGCAGAGCAAGUAGCUCCGGGCCUUUGAGGUCUAGUUGACCAGGGAUGUCUCGCCUCCUUCACCAUUGUACACUCUUUUGUUUCAUUAGAACAGACUUUUACACUUUCUUUCUCUCCUGUAGAUUUUUUUUUCUCUCUACGUUAUGUAUACGUCUUUUUGAAUUACUGUUUGAUAUUUACCGGAAGAGAAAUAUCUUUUUUUUUAUGAAGGAAGUAUUCCUUUAUUUAUUAGUUAAUUUGACUAUUUUGUAGCUAACUGAGCAGUCAGAAUAAUCAUGACCUAGCAUGGUUCAUUAGUCACCUAGUUAGACAUCAUACUUAGCUAAACAUGUAAAAAGAAGCGAUACAAUAAAAUAUUGAAUCACAUUA